CGAGUUUAUUUUAGAGAUCAGGUUGCCCUAAGUUGUGUGUAAAGCUGGAAGGAGAAAUUCAAGGAUUAGAAAUAUAAACAAUGGCCACAAACAACAUGAGCAUUCAGCGCAUAAAACGCGAAUUCAAGGAGGUUCUCAAAAGUGAGGAAAUAACACAAUGCUCAAUAAAAUUAGACAUAAUAAACGAUAAUUUUACUGAGUUAAGAGGAGAGAUUGCAGGUCCACCUGAUACGCCGUACGAAGGUGGAAUAUUCAAGUUGGAAAUCAAGGUUCCCGAAACGUAUCCCUUCAAUCCUCCUAAAGUCAAAUUUAUCACAAAACUUUGGCAUCCAAAUAUUUCGUCUGUUACUGGCGCGAUUUGUUUAGACAUUUUAAAAGAUAAUUGGGCAGCAGCGAUGACUUUGCGAACAGUUUUGCUGUCCCUUCAAGCCUUAUUGGCUGCCGCAGAGCCCGAUGAUCCACAAGAUGCAGUCGUAGCAACACAGUACAAAGAAAACUAUCAAAUGUUUGAGUCAACAGCAAAACAUUGGACUAAUGUAUAUGCGGGUGGUCCACACAAACUAGAAGAGUUCGAUCGAAAGGUUCAACGACUUAAGGAUAUGGGUAUUGGAGACUAUGAAGCAAGAGCAGCUCUUUCGCGCAAUAACUGGAACUUGGAAAGGGCUACAGAACAAUUAUUUAGUUAGUUUUGAAUGUUAUCUACUUGUUAUAAAAAAUUAUUCCUCUAAAAAUUUUUUGUUAAAGAUUCACAGGAACAUAUUUUUAAAAUUGUCAAAUCGGGGUAAUCUGCAUGUGUUUCUAAUGACUUUGUUUUUCAUUCAAAAGGUUCCUGUUGUUUUUUUCGAGAAGGUUGAAUCAAUAAAACGCAAAUUGAAAAAAUGGUCAAUACUUA